AUGCCUCCCAAGAGGCCUCCUCCUCCUCAAGAGCAAUCUUCAGCCCGAAAAUCCAAAGCUAACACAGUAGCUACCCAAGAAUUAUCAUUUUUGAGAAGGAAGAAAGAUGCCCAAAUUCAAGAUGCUAUGGAUAAAUUUGCCGAUGAAUUAAACAGAUCAUCGGAUGACGAGGAUAAUAUCGAAG